GAGUCAGAGCCCAUACUAGAAGCAGCCCAUCAAAACACAGAAAAAAAUUGAAGUCGAAAGUGGGGGAAGACUCUGCUCUCGAAGCUGCUACUGUUCGUCGUCUUCUUCUUCCUCUCCCUCCUCAGCCAUGCAACACUCCGGCGACAACUACUUCAAUUCUCUGGCAACCACUCCACGUCCAACGAAACAAGCUGCCGGACCAAUUCUCUUACCAUUUCUAUCAUAAUUUUUUUUUUUUUUUUUUUACACGACCCCUAAAACCCUUUUUGUCAAAACCCCUUAUCCUUUCUGUCUUUGUAGCUCCUUGUCUAAAAAAAACCGUCAAAUACGUUAGUGGGGUUUAUGGAAAUUGUUGAAUCCUUAUAUGAAAUCCCAGUUCAAGAUCCAGAAGAGGAGGAGUUCUCUUCUGCUGAUUUGAACUGGGUCAAGUUUGGUAACCUGGAACACCAUGACGAUGUAGCUCUCAUACCUUAUGACCGUGUUGAUGCUUUCAUACUUGGUGAAUGCUCUAAUGUCGAAUGCCCUACUCGAUUUCAUAUUGAAAGGGGUCGAAAACGUUCACUUGGUAGCUUGAAGGAUUUCAAGGACGAUGAGUAUUUGGAAUAUAGACUGUAUUGGUGUUCCUUUGGUCCUGAAAAUUAUGGGGAAGGUGGGGGUAUAUUACCCAGCAGAAGAUAUAGACUUAAUACUCGAAACCGUGCUGCUAGACCCCAAUCCAUGAGGGGCUGUACUUGCAACUUUGUAGUGAAGCGGCUCUAUGCUCGUCCUUCACUUGCGCUUUUAAUAUAUCAUGAGAGGCGCCAUGUGAACAAGUCUGGUUUUGUUUGUCAUGGGCCGCUUGAUAGAGAUGCCAUUGGCCCUGGAGCUAAGAAAAUUCCGUAUAUUUGUAAUGAGAUUCAACAGCGAACUAUGUCUAUGAUCUAUCUGGGAAUACCUGAAGAGAAUGUGUUGGAGAAACACAUUGAAGGGAUUCAACGAUAUUGUGGUUCAGAUGCAAAGGUCAAUAGCCUUGCUUCCCAGUAUGUCCACAAACUCGGGAUGAUAAUAAAGCGGUCUACUCAUGAAUUGGAUCUAGAUGAUCAGGCUAGUAUCCGCAUGUGGGUUGAACGCAAUAAAAAAUCUAUAUUCUUUUAUCAAGACUCUUCAGAAACAGAUUCUUUCAUUCUGGGAAUUCAAACUGAAUGGCAGUUGCAGCAAAUGAUUCGCUUUGGUCAUCGCAAUCUUAUUGCAGCUGAUUCAACGUUUGGUAUAAAGAGACUCAAGUAUCCCUUCUGCACACUUCUGGUGUUUGAUUCAAGACAACAUGCACUCCCUGUUGCAUGGGUCAUCACACGCAGCUUUGCAAAGGCAGAUGUGUCUAAAUGGAUGAAAAGCCUUCUUGAUCGUGCACGUAGUGUUGAGCCAGGAUUAAAGAUCAGUGGAUUUUUAAUUGAUGAUGCAGCUGCAGAAAUUGAUCCCAUCAGGGAUGUAUUUGGUUGUCCUGUUCUAUUUUCUCUUUGGCGAGUUCGGAGAUCCUGGCAUAGGAAUAUUGUUAAACGAUGCAGUAGUAUAGAAGUUCAGCGGGAAAUUCUGAAACGUCUAGGUACACUAGUUUACAACAUUUGGGGUGGAAUUGGUUCCCUCAGUGGAGCCUUGGAAGAAUUAACACAGGAUUUUGUUGAUCAAACUGCUUUCAUGGAAUAUUUUAAGGGCCGUUGGAUUCCUAAGAUUGAAAUGUGGCUUUCAGCAAUGAAAACUCUUCCUCUUGCAAGCCAGGAGGCAUCUGGUGCCAUCGAAGCUUAUCAUGUAAAGCUAAAAGUGAAACUGUUUGAUGAUUCUCAUCUUGGAGCACUCCAAAGGGUUGACUGGCUGGUGCAUAAGCUGACAACCGAAUUGCAUUCAAGCUACUGGCUUGACCGCUAUGCAGAUGAGUGUGAUUCUUUUCAGAGUGUCAAGGAGGAGUAUAUUGCUUCUACAUCCUGGCACAGAGCAUUGCAAAUUCCAGAUUCUGCUGUUACCUUAGACGACAAUGACCGUCUCUUUGCCAAGGUUUUAAGCCAGAAAGACAGUAGCAUUUCACAUUUAGUGUGGAAUCCUGGAUCAGAGUUUGCUUUUUGUGAUUGUGCAUGGUCGAUGCAAGGAAACCUUUGCAAGCAUAUCCUCAAGGUUAAUAUGAUAUGUGAUAGUAAACAGGGUCAUCAACCAUCCUUGUCUUUUCAGUCAUUUAAUGAUAUAUUAAUGCAUCUAUGGCAGAAACCAAUGGAUGAUUCAGUUGGACUGGACCAGUCCAUGGCCUGGACUUAUCAGAUGCUUGAUCAAAUUCAAAAACUUGUUGAAUUGAAUGGUUCUAAAGAUAUUGGCACCCUGGUAAAUAAUCUGCCAACGAGAUGGGUUUCUAAGAAAAGCAGAACGCAUGUUGGCAAGCCUUCUUCUACCGCAGCUCUUCCAUCUAAUUCUAAUGGUACAAGGACUGCUGCAGCUAGGAAGAAGAAUCGGAAGCGGAAGAGAUUGUCACGAUUAAGAUAAUCAAACAGUAUCAUGAAAAUCAGUAUCAGUUGAAAAGUUAUAGGGGAUUUCAACAUGUUUAGAUACAAUUAACACAUCCAAGGUCGAGAUUAACUCUUCUUGGAAUGUGAACUAUGUUUCCAUUGACCUAUGAUGAGGAUGCACCCUGGCAUCGAAGAUGUAACUUUACUAAAUGGUAAGUUCCUUGGGAUGAUUGGAAUUUGGAAUUUGCCAUGUUUAAACUAAGAUAUAUAGUCUGGAUGUUUGUGUUAAUUGAGCAUGCAUCCUGGAUAAAAUUUUGGGGCAGAUUCCUUGACAUGCUAGAGAAGGUAGCUCUCCGGAUUUGGUUCAGGGAUCUCAAGGCAUUUUCAAAUAUUUGAGCAAUAUGGUUUCUAACCUCCAAUUACCUUACUAUAUAUUGUAUUUGUUUAUUUAUUUUUCGUGUUACCUUUUGAGGACCCCCCUUGAACACAUAUUCAUUUAAAAGAAAUCUUAUAUGAUUUACUUUA